AUGGCAAACCCUAAGUCCUUCGCAAUCCGAUCUUCACGAUUGAUAAUCGUACCUUCUUUCCUUCUCCUCGACAACCUCGCAUAUAGAGACCUAUACUCAUCUCUGCACCGCAUGUCAGACUUCACAACCAUGGCUUUUGGAGCUGCGUGGGGUGUGAAAGAUUGGGAUACCUCAACCAUUCACCCCAUAAUCUCCCGCGAAGUGCAGAGAUCAUGGCAAGUAAGGAGCAUGGGAGAUUUUGGCGUGGGGUUAUUGCCAUCGCGCACCACAGAACAGCAAAGCGGUGAAGAAGAGUGGAAUGUUCUAGACGCGCCUGAGUUGCAGUUGGAAGAAGCGCAAUGGAUAGGUUAUGUGGGUGUGCGCGACGCAACUUCCACCGCCCAGCCAACUACAAAGCCAUGGCAGCAAAUGAUAGAAUUGCGGUAUGGUUUUCAUCCUGAACAUUGGGGCAAGGGAUAUGGCACAGAAGCUGCAAAAGCAGUAAUGGGAUGGUGCGAACAGACUCUUGGGGCUGAGAGAUUUAUCGCAGAGACAGAAGUGGAGAAUGUGGGUAGUGCGGGGAUAUUGGGGAAGUUGGGAUUUACAGCAAUGGACAACGAGAAGGAGGUAGUCUGGGGUGUGGAGGGUGAGAAAGAGUGGCAGAGGUGGGUAAGGAAGUAG